GCGUCGCCCAUCCAUCCAGGAAGGAGGAUUCUCGUAGCCUUUAAAUAAACCCCCUCCAACGCCCUCCAAAAUGUGCGACGAGGAAGACAGGACCGUGUGGGUGGGCAACCUGGAUUCUGAACAAGUGACAGAGGAUAUCCUGUUCGAAUUGUUUUUGCAGGCAGGACCAUUGCAGUAUGUCAGGAUAGCUAAGGACAGAGCAACUGGAAUGUACAAAAACUUUGCAUUUGUUAUAUAUCGUGAUCCAGUGUCUGUUCCCUAUGCAAUUGAGUUGAUGAAUGGAAUUCCUCUUUUCAAUCGUAACAUGAAAGUUCAGAAUAGGGGCUUGCAAGAGUUACAACAGCGAGGACUUGCACCUGGACCUGGUGGGAUACAUACUCUGGAUCCCAGCUUAUUAAAUAAUAGUCCUCAAGCUCCUCAGCAGAAUUACCCAUCAGUGCAAGCACAGAGUUGUGGCCAACAGCAGUCUCUCUUAGGCCCUGGCCCAGGUAUUCCAGCAGCGCUACAAGGUCGAGUUCCACAGCAUAUCAUGGCAUUAGCACAACAGCAGAUAGCUUUGUUGCAGGCACAGCAGCCUUGUCUUUUAUCAGACAGUCCUCUGCUCAAUGCUCCAGGCAUGCGCACAUCAGAUCGACUUGGCUCCGUGAAUUAUGGCAUGUAUGGUCAGGGACAUCGAGGCCGUAACAUGCAGGAUAACAUGCGAGGGAGUGGGUCAAGAACUAAUGACUCACCACACAGUCAGCAUUGGAACAGAGGACAUCAUUAUGACAAUAGGGACAGAAAUUCUAGAUCCUUAGAUGAUCGUCAUAACCGUCAUCAUGAGGACAGAAACAGAUAUGGAAGGUCCUUGGAUGAUCACCAGAGUUUCCGUCAUAAUCAGAGAAGUGGCGGACAGAAAUACAUUGAUAAUGAUGCAAUGAAGAUGCUGAAAGGGCAGCAGAAUAGAGAAGACAGUAUUUCUCAAAAUUCCAACAUGCUUGCUCAGUUACAGCAACAGCAAGGUCGUUUUGACUACAAUAGGUUAGGACCAAAGAAUGAUUCUUACAUGAGACCAAAUGGACACAGUCAUGACAGUCAUAGAUCAAGGGAUCAUUAUCACAGCCGGUCUCAUGGAAAUGACGACAGGUCUAGCGGUAGGUAUGAUCCAUAUAGAAGUUCCAGACGUUAAUGCCAUUGUGCCUACAAUAUUGUCAAAUGCCAGUUUGGUACUUUUUUUUUUAUGUUUUUGUUUCAGAAGAAUAACCUACUUAUGUACCUGUGUAUAUAAAUUGCUGGAGGUUAUUAGAUGAAUAUUUAUGGCAAAUUUAGUGUUCUCUGGCAUUUUUAUCGCAAGAUUUGAAUAUGAAUUUUUAUAUUUGGGUAAAGGUAACAGAACUAGAUUUGUUUUGUCAUCCAUGUGGUUUUAAUGGAUACAGUAUUUCCUUUGUGAAGUAUUUAAAUAAUGGAAACUGCAAUAUUUGUAUUAUGUCUCUUCUCUUUUCAUUUUUGUCUUCAACAUUAUUAUUUUUAGCUGGUGAAUUUUCCAUUUACUUAGUCUUAGAUUUAUUGCAUCGUUGUCUUCAGAUAAAGUGAGACUGUGAUUGUGAAUGUGUGUGAAUAUGUAUGUGGGUGUGAAUGCAUGUGUGUGCAAGUUUGUGUAAGUGCGUUUAAGGACUGAAUGUGUGUGCACAUCUACACACAAAUGUAGAUAUGCUGAUUUUCAUGAGUGCACACAUUUUCUUUCAUACUCUCCCUCACUUUUCCUUCUCUUACACCAACUUUUAGAGUUAAAUCCCAAAUCUAGUUGCAUCGGCAUCAAUAGGAAUAUGAAUAAAAAAGAAAAAAAAUAUUAAAAAGGGGGUUUUGAUGCUUGGUGUAUGUAGGAUGGGUGGUGAAGAAAAUAUGUGUAUUCUUAUCAUUGUAUAGGCAUAUAAUCCCAGUUUUAUUUUACACUUUCUCUCUCUCUCUCUCUCUCUCUCUCUCUCUCUCUCUCUCUCUCUCUCUCUCUCUCUCUCUCUCUCUCUCUCUCUCUCUCUCUCUCUCUCUCUCUCUCUCACUUUUAUUUUUUCUUUACACAUGAAAUAUUGCUCUGUAAAAGAAUUUGAGAUUUUCAGCUUGCAUAGUUUUGAUGUACAUUCUUUAUUGACGUGUUCAUUAUUUGUAGAAUCCAGUUUGUUACCACUUGUCUGUAAAGAAAUAUUAUGUAUUAACCUCAAAUUUAGAUUUGUAAUUUUGAAUAAGUACUAGAGUGAAUUAGUUGUGGUUUUGAUGGUAACCUUAUCAAGUGGAGAAAACCUGUGGAGUUUUGUAUAUUUGAAUACAUUAUAUGAAAUUUAGAUAUAUGUGAAAGUAAUCCUUGCAGUGCGAGUGAGAGAGUGAGUGAGUGAGUGACAGAAAGAGGGAAUGAAUGAGUGAGUGAGUGAGUGACAGAGAGAGAGAAUGAAUGAGUGAGUGAGUGAGUGACAGAGAGAGAGAAUGAAUGAGUGAGUGAGUGUAAAAACACAUUGCAUUCAACAUGGCAAUGCAUAUGUCUACACUGUUAAAAAUGAAACAAAACAAAACAACAGAGGAAAAACAAUGCCGACAUUACAGAUAUAAUAGAGAAAAUGUCUGCUUGUUCUGCAGCUUUACAUUACAACUUUAUUAUUAAUUAUUAUAGUUCUUUGUUUCUCGUCUUAAUGAUUCUUUUAGCAUUCCUUUCAUUUUGAGGAAAUACUGUGAAAACUGUGCUUGUGCAAUAAGUAGCAAAUUGAACACCUUGCUGGCAGAUCCUAAACAGUGAAGUGUAGGAAAGUAAAGAAUACAUUGAAUGAAAAUUUAAAACUUAAUAUUAUAUAUAUUUUUUCUUAUCCAGUUGUUUUUCUUAGAAAUGUGAAAGUACGUUUGACAGAUGGUUUGACUUGGAGGAUGUUUCAGCAAUAGUAAACUUCUUAUCCAUGUUUUAUUUGUUGUAAAUACAGUUUAAGGGACAUUAAACUAUGAACACAAUU